AUGACGUCUCCGUCCCCGCAAGGGCGCAGCUUCACCGUCCGCGGUGUCGCUGCCGGCCUUGGUGUUGGAACCGUGAUAUGCGCCGCCAACAUGUAUUUCGGCCUGCAGACCGGCUGGGUCUCCAUCAUGUCGAUGCCCUCGAGUCUCAUGGGAUUCGCCGUCUUCAAGCUGCUGAAGCCUUACCUGCGAUUCCCCUUCAGCCCGGUCGAGAACGUGCUGGUGCAGAGCGUUGCUGGCGGCAUGGCCAUUAUGCCGCUGGGCUGUGGCUUUGUCGGUGUUAUUCCAGCGAUGAACUACCUCCUGGGGGCUGAUGAGCAAGGGCCGUUGUCCUUGAGUACAUGGCAGCUCAUCAUAUGGUCCCUAGGUCUCUGCUAUUUCGGAGUUGUCUUUGCUGUUCCCUUGCGCCAUCAGGUCAUCAUCAGAGAGCGACUCCGGUUCCCCAGCGGCUUCAGCACUGCGGUGCUUAUCCGCGUUCUCCAUAGUCAAGGGAAAAGCUCUUCUCCUCAGGAGCUUGAUGCCGCUGCUAAAGGCGGGUUUGCCAGCCUUGUGCCCAAAGACGAUGAUCCUAUGCUGGUCGAUGACGGCGGCUCUGUUGCGGAAGAGGAGGAGUCGCCGGUUUCCAAGGACAUGGACUGGGCAUACAACAUGAGGCUCUUGCUUAUCAGCUUCCUGGUCUCAGGCAUCUUUACCAUCUCCAACUAUUUCCUGCCCAUCCUGCGAGAUCUCCCUGUGUUUGGGACUGUCGCGGCCUCUACCUGGCUUUGGACAUUGAACCCAAGCCUUGCAUAUGUCGGACAAGGCAUCAUCAUGGGGACGGAGACUACACUCCACAUGACUCUAGGCGCAGUCGUCGGCUGGGGCAUCCUCAGCCCCUUGGCCAAAAUGAAGGGCUGGGCUCCCGGACCAGUGGAUGACUGGGAGAAUGGCAGCAAAGGCUGGAUUGUCUGGGUGUCUCUGGCCAUCAUGCUUGUCGAUGCUGUUGUCAGUCUCGCCUACAUUGCUCUUCGCCCCCUUUUUGAAACCCACGUCGUGAGAUUGGCAUCUGCAUUACAGCGCCGAUUCCAACAUAGCAGGAUCGCGGCCUUGUUUGGGUCAUCUCAUCGGUAUUCUCCCAUUCCUGCUCAAGAAGGAGGAGACGAAGAGGAAGAGGAGAACCAGUCCUCGACACUUCGAGAUGAUCAGAGCUCCCUCGCCGAAGAGGACAAUCGUGGCCUGGAUGAUGCCCCAGUCGAGCAGCAGGUUAACAGCAAAAUCGUCUCGUGGGGACUCCUCGCAUCCGUUCUGGUCUGCGUUCUAGCUACCCGAAUCGUGUUUGGCGACCUGGUGCCACUUUACGCCAUUGUUAUUGCCGUUCUCAUGGCCCUGGUCCUGAGCAUCAUGGGUGUGAGAGCCCUUGGAGAGACUGACCUUAACCCCGUGUCCGGCAUUAGCAAACUGGCGCAGCUGUUUUUCGCUCUCAUUAUUCCGCAGGGUCACAAGUCCAGCGUUCUCAUCAACUUGGUUGCCGGUGCUAUCUCAGAAGCCGGCGCAUUGCAGGCGGGAGACCUGAUGCAAGAUCUCAAGACCGGCCACCUCCUUGGCGCUGCUCCCAAGGCACAAUUCUGGGGACAGAUCAUUGGCGCUACUUUUGGCGCUGUGUUCAGUGCUUUUGCGUAUCACAUCUACACAGCGGUAUAUGAGAUUCCCGGCAAAUUGUUCCAGGUUCCUACGGCAUACGUCUGGAUAUUCACAGCCAGGCUCGUCACAGGGCAGGGUUUGCCAUAUAUGGCCAAGGAGUGGGCAACGGGAGCCGGUGUUCUCUUUGCCGUCACGACCCUUGCCCGGACUUUGUCGGUUGGAAGGCCAUGGCGCUCUUGGAUACCCGGCGGCAUUGCCGUCGCAGUCGGCAUGUACAACGUGCCGUCCUUUACACUCGCUCGAGCUAUUGGAGGCAUCAUCAGCUGGUAUUGGCUGAGUAUACGAAAACAGUCAACUACGCCUCUCAUCAUCGUUGCAUCGGGCUUUAUCCUAGGAGAAGGAUUUCUCAGCAUUGUGAAUCUAUGGCUACAGGCACUGAAAGUACCUCACUACUAG